GGAGGGCACAGAUGCUAAAGCGUAUUCGAUCAGCUGAUUAAUCAGUCGCUUUCCAGAAUUGAACGAUUUACGAGUAUUGAUGAAGUGGAGUUCCUCGAACAGGACUUAUUUUUUUACAUGCCCAAGCGCAGUCUACCAACAUUCAUGAAACAUGCAUUUGCGCACCUGUUUACACCUUUCGGUGUAAUCAAUGGGAGUACGUUGCUGUUGAAUGGUUGUAACCUAAACUGGACAGAGUUUUAAGCCUUUGUGAAAUCUGCACAAAAAGUUUUAGAGAGUAACGGGGUCAUUACUAAUUUAAUUUACUAAUUUUUCGUUUUUUACGCGUGUUUUGAGCCUACCAAGCGUGCUCGGGUUUGUGGAUAAAGUAAUGCUAGCAAAACGCACCAUUUUCUUGUGCCAUUACGUCGCAACAUUUUCUCUGCUGUACGGAUGCUCAUGUAUCCAAGUCAACCUAGUCACCAUCUCAGCGUCCAACACCACCGGUCCGGGUGUGGAGCCGAUGCAGAGCGCCUUUGCCAUCGCUGUGGAGGAUAUGGUGAAGAAGUAUCCUCACGUGUACCGCAACUAUACGAAAACCGACUUAACCAAUAGCUACGAUGUGUGUAAGGAUUAUGAGUGGAUGUUUCCGCCCGAGCUGGCAGCGUGGUAUGGGAAAGGCUAUUUUGACCGCUCUGGACUGACCAUUGUACUGACAUCAGUCUGCAAUAACGUUGCCUCGUACAUUGGAGAUUUCGUACGAGAAAUGGGUUUGAUUACCGUCGCAUGUGCUACUGGUUUUCCCGUUGAUAAACGUUAUCCCACUGUCAUUUCACUGACAGCUGGCGCUCCGCCAAAUUUCGCACAAGCCCUGGUGACCUUGAUGAAAACGUAUAACUGGACCUACGUUAGUCUCAUUCACGACAAUCUGGGCGGUGCGGUGGAAGCGGCUCGUGCCGUGUCAACGACAAAGGCCACCCAGUUCAUCUUCGAGCGCAGCAAGAGUAUUGUUAACUGCAAAUACUUCACGACGGAUUCCGCUGUGGCCUCAAAAGCGGAGUUAUACGACGUUCUGGUACAAGCCAGCCGGCAUUCGCGUUUGAUUAUGAUAAGCACGUUGGUGGUGCCAAUGCGGAAAUUCCUGGCAGCUGCGUACGAUCUAAAUAUGACAAAUGGUGAUUAUGUGUUCCUGUACAUUUACACAUGGCAGGUCCCCGAGGAACCACCACUGUUCUGGCAAGAAAACGAUGAAUUAGAUCCAAAAGUGUUAAAAGCAAUGGAGCGGGUGCUGCUUUUUGCGUCUCCUUUGUCCGACUGGCCGAGAUGGGAAGAUACCGGCAACAGAAUUAAUCAAAUACGCGAGAAGAUGUUCAAAACACCCAUCGAUUAUGAGAAUAUACACAACGAUUUUGCAAUAACAUGCUACGGAGCAGUGGAAACCAUUUCCCAGGUUUUGGAUGAAAUUUUGGCGGAGGACCAUAUUCCCGACAGUGCGACGUCGUUCACGACUGACAACUUUAACGCGCAAAGAGCAAUCCAAAAAGUUUCUCACAGAGUCAAUCAACUGACAUUUGAAAAUGUUACCUUUAUGCCCGGCACUGGAUGGCGCCUUCCGGCUGUUCUUGUUCAACAAUUCAACACAACGACUAAAAGCUUUGAUGACAUAUACUGGUACGAUGCUCCACGUGGCCAGUUGGUAUUUGCUCCCGGUAAUCACCGUAACCUUUACUGGCCAGCCGGUUCACCGCCGCCCGAUCGCCCUAUCUGUGGAUUUGAAGGAGAGAAAUGUGCGCGUGCACCGCGGAUUCUGAUCAUUGCCGUAUGUGUGGCCAGCAUACUGAUGGUGCUACUUAUCAGUAUGACGAUUGGAUGCUUGUGCUAUCAAAAACGAAAAGCAGAGAAAGAUUGGACGUGGUGGGCAGUCGAAGACGCCAAGAAAGUUGACGAAGAGGGGGAUAUCCAAGGAAAUCCUGCCAACCUUAAUUCAUCAAAAGUUAAGCCUUCCCCCCAUCAAGUCGUCCUUAGAGAUGGCCGUUUUGCGUUUGAACAGCCGUUGGAGUGGAAUUUGCGAUGGAAAGUUGUUGUAUCAAAAAAACUUAUCAGAUACCUGGCCCAGGUGCAUAAAUUUCAUCAUGCCAACGUUAAUGCUAUGAUCGGCCUGGGAUUUCAGUCAAACUUCCCGUACAUUUACUACGAAUGGUGCCCUAAAGGAUCUGUUGAAAAGCUAAUAAAAAUGCAUAAUGUGGAUCGAAUCCUUAAAUUGGCUUUACUGGAAGGAUUCUGCCAGGGCUUGACUUUUCUGCAUUCGUCUCCGCUUCACUGCCACGGGAAUUUGAAAAUAUCCAAAUGUGUCGUCGAUGCACGCUUCACUUUAAAAAUAACCGACUACGGCCAUGAACGCCUAUGUAGCUUUUUGAUGAAUAAAAAACUGAAUUACCCAGCAAAGAAUUCAUUUUUUCCCAGCCAUUCAUGGAUGGCACCGGAAAUCCGUGAUGGUCAGCGUCCAUCGAUAGAAAGCGAUGUAUAUGCCUUUGCCGUCAUCACGCAUCAGAUCGUAAUGGAGUGUGAGCCCUUUGGUAGUGAUCUGCCCGAAAAACCAGAUGCCAAGCGCACCGGAAAUCUGCCAGAGCAAUUUGUUGCGUCGAUAACCACAUUUGCUCGCCAAGCAUGGGACGUCGAUCCCAAACAUCGCCCCAAACUCCGUGAGCUCAGCAAAAUUAUUCACGAUACCAGCGCUGCGGAGGGUUUGCGAGGAUCGGUUGUUGAACGGAUUGUUAAGCAACUGGAACGUUAUUCCGUUAAGCUGGAAGGCGACGUAUCUGAUCGCACAUGGCAGUUAAAAUCGGAACGGGAAAAAGCCGACCAGCUCCUGCGAGAAAUGCUUCCAGAAGAAAUUGUAAGAAAACUGCGCAACGGAAUUCCUGUGGUGCCGGAAUACGUUAACUCCGUCAGCAUGUACUUCAACGAUAUGGUUGGAUUUGCCGAAUACGUGAAAACGGUUACGCCGCAUGAUGUUGUUAAUUUUCUACAUCGAGCAUAUUCCACGUUUGACAAAGCCAUUUCGAAUUUGUCCGUUUACAAAUUGGAAACUAUCGGAAGCAGCUAUGUGGCAACAAGCGGUUUAGUGGAGCGGAUAGGCGACAGUCACGCACAGCAGAUUUGUAUGACCGCUCUUGCAAUCCAGAACGCAUUUCUCCAGCUACAAAAUCGUGGGGACAUGGCACUGAUUAGCGGUAUUCACAGCGGACCUGUGGCGGUGGGAGUGGUUGGCUUGAAACGCCCUCGUUAUUGCGUGUUUGGCGACACGAUUAAUACAGCGUCCCGAAUGGAAAGCAACAGUAUUCCUAACAUGAUUCAUGUUAGUCCUGACACGAUGCAGCUGGCUUCACCGUUCGGGUUUACAUUCAAAAGCAGAGGAGGGAUUCAGAUUAAGGGAAAAGGCCUUAUGGAAACCUAUUGGUUAGUUACGGAUGAAAGCAAGACGAUGGAGGACAUUAAGGCCGACGAGGGGGGACAUCAGCAUUAGGACAAUAGUCUUCAUAACACAUUAUUGUUCAUUGUUCGUAACAAGCACCGUUACUGAGCACGUCGGCUGCCGUUAAUUUGUGUUAUCGAAUUUAACGCACACAUAGUUAUAGUAUUAUUGUAUAUACGUAGCUAAAGAGUUGUAGAGUUAUUAGAGUUGCUUCUUAAGCUUCAAGCUAGCUUUUACCAAUUUAUUCAGAAUUGUUUGUACUUGUAAUGUAUAUUGUACAACUUCGUUGCUGACAGGGCAUAUCUACAGUAUAUGCGCGAUAUGAAGUGCUGCAACAAACUACGUUUAUAACUGAAACGCUGCGACAUCUGCACAUGUACAUACAAGUGCCUG